AAAAUAUACCAAAAGAGAUGGGAAAAGAAGUUGGAGAAAUGAAGAAGGGCUCCUGCACAGCACCCCAUUAUUAACCUCCUGCGAGACCAAAAGCAAGACAGCCAACCAACCGGCCAGGAUGGAGCACACCAAGAAAGGGAGUAGCAUAUAGUUGCCGGGCACCAAUGAUUUGCAAGAAGAGGGAUAGGAUUUCGGCAGCUGUUAGCUAGGUCUCAGAGAGAGAGAGAGAGAGAGAGAGAGGUUGCCAGAUUGGGUCUUGGAUAGGAGUCGAGACUCGAGAGAGUGGAGACCGGUGGAGUGAGAGAGGAUUGGCCGCUUCCAGAUUCUGAAUCUCCUACAAUCCGUGCUCCUACCUUCGCGGUGUUUCAGGCCUGUAGCCUAUCAAGUCAUUAAUCAGCAGAAGCAAAAUGAGCACCCAGAGUGUUGCUACUGGGGAGCAAAUUAUUGCUCCCAACGAAACAGUACAUGCCUGCACAUCCACACAAACUUCAGUCCUUCAGCUGUUUGAUUCUAAAUCGGACCACCGGCUCUUGAUAGAUGACACUUUGUCAUCCACGAGCCAAUCAUCAAGCAUCAAGACUGAGUUGAUCCGGUCGUCGAGCUUGUCAAGGAGCCUAUCAGUUAACCUUCAGAAAAGAAGUCCUGAAACUGAUCCAGAAAGCCCUCUGUCUCACAUCUCACAUCCCAAAUUUUCUGACCCCAUAUUGUCAAACUCGUCGACGUUCUGCACAAGCUUGUUUUCAUCAUCUUCAAAGAACACGGAUCCAUGCCGGCAAAUGGGCACUUUACCUUUCUUGCCUCACCCUCCUAAGUGUGAGCAGCAGGUGUCAGCUGGGCAGUCAUCGAGCUCCUCUCUUCUCUUUGCUGGUGAUACUGGCAAUGCUUUAGAUGAAGCUGAACACUCAGAUGAUCUGAAAGAUUUCCUUAAUCUUUCUGGAGAUGCUUCUGAUGGCAGCUUCCAUGGAGAAACCAAUGCCCUGGCUUUUGAUGAACAGAUGGAAUUUCAGUUUCUGUCUGAGCAGCUAGGAAUUGCCAUCACUGACAACGAGGAGAGUCCUCAUUUAGAUGACAUAUACGGCACACCACCACAACUGUCAUCACUUCCAGUAUCAUCUUGCUCCAACCAGAGUAUACAGAAUCUAGGAUCACCAGUUAAAGUCCAGCUUAGCUCAUCUCGGUCAUCUUCUGUCUCUGCAACAACUAACAAGUCAAGAUUGAGGUGGACACUAGAGCUUCAUGAGCGUUUUGUGGAGGCUGUGAACAAGCUUGAAGGACCUGAAAAAGCAACUCCUAAGGGUGUGCUGAAACUAAUGAAGGUAGAAGGCCUAACCAUUUAUCAUGUGAAGAGUCAUCUGCAGAAGUAUCGGCUUGCGAAAUAUCUUCCUGAGACUAAAGAAGACGAGAAGGCUUCCUCGGAGGAUAAGAAAGCACAAUCGGGUAGCAGCAGCAGUGAUUCAAGCAAAACGAAGAAUUUACAAGUGGCAGAAGCCCUAAGGAUGCAAAUGGAGGUUCAAAAACAGCUUCAUGAACAAUUAGAGGUGCAAAGGCAGUUGCAGCUCCGGAUAGAGGAACAUGCAAGAUACUUGCAGAAAAUACUGGAAGAGCAACAGAAGGCUGGCAACUUGUCGCUAAAAGCACCUACCAAAGCACAGGCAGUCUCACCUGAAUCGACAGCGUCAAAGGAGAGAAGCGAAACCGAGGCAGGCACCAGUUCGCCGCGUCCAUCCAAGAACAGAAAUCUGGAUGCCCACUCAGAAUGCAAGUCACCUGCUGUUAGCAAGAGAACAGAGUUUCAGGUUGAUCCUGAGAGUGAGGUCCCCUGUUCAUAGCCGUUCGGCCGAGGCCAAUACAUUCUGAAUGUUUGGUCCCCGUUCCUUUUUCUUUCAGGAGCUAUUUGCUACAACUUGUAACUUGUACAACCGUAGCAUGUCUAGUUGCCUGUUGAUAUGUUGGUAUGAAUUACCACAGUCCGCUGCUCAGAUCGCCACGGCCAUCACCCGGCAAGCACAGCUUUGGAUUGAAGCUGGUGCUACACUUAUGGCAGUCCUAGGAUGACCGGCUGCAGCCGACGGAGCGCGACCACCUUAGCUCCAUGCUAGUACCCCUACCCUUUCCUUAGUUGUGUUUGGUUUGCGCAAUGUAGCAUCUAAUAUGUAAAACAUCUGUGUGCGUACGGCUCGGGAAGACCUGUGUUGUAAUAACUUGUCCAUUUCUCUUCUUUUCAUACGCAGCUCUCCGUAUCCUCGAAAAAGAUAUGUUGGUACGAAUUGUGGAAUGAUAUUUGUUACGGACUUCAAACCUUA